UGAAUGAAAAUUAAAAAAAUAAUAACUAAAUAAAAUGAACACUUGUGCUUGUAACUAUAAAUUAAUUAUUCUUACAUUGAAUUCAAAGUAUUACCAAAACACAUUUUUAUCUUCACACUAUAAUUGGUCCAAGUAUCAACGUGUAAUUCUACCACGACCCAUUUCUAAUGGUUCUGCUAAAUCUGAAACAAGAUAUUUAAAACAGCUCCUAAUAAAAUCUAUAAAAAUUGCUUCAAUGGUUUUUGGUGCAUCAUUAUUAGCAUUUGGAGGAUAUCUACUAGUGUUUGAAGAUGAUGAUUUAGUUCAAAAAGAAAAUAAAAAUGUUCCACAUAUUGUUAAGAUCUAUGAACAGAUAUGUUUUAAAAUAGAAUUUUAUCAUAAGUUGUUUACAAUUCCUGCAACCAAUAAAUUAUUACCAGAUUCAUUACCAGAUUAUUAUGAUAAACCUCGAUAUACACUUGUGUUAGAAAUUACUGAUCUUCUUGUACAUCCAGAAUGGAGUUAUAGUACAGGCUGGAGUUUUAAAAAGAGGCCAAAUGUAGACUAUUUUUUGGAAAGAGUUGGAAAGUUUUUUGAAGUAGUUGUAUACACGGCUGAAAAUGGUUAUAUUACUUCUCCAAUAUUAGAUGAAAUUGAUCCUAAUGGUUGGAUUCAAUAUCGAUUAUCACGUCAAUGUGCUGAAUUUCGAAAUGGUCAAUUAGUAAAAAAUAUUGAAAGAAUUAAUCGUGAUUUAUCAAAAGUCAUUGUAAUAGAUUGGAAUACGAGUUGGACACAACUUCAUCCUUAUAAUACUCUAAUUAUACCUAGGUGGAAUGGUGAUGAAAAUGACAACUCGCUUAUUGACCUUGCAGACUUCUUAAAAGCGGUAUUUGUAAAUGAAGAAAAAGAUGUUAGAGAGAUUUUAAAUGAAUUUAAACAAUAUGAUGAUCCUAUAAAGGCAUUUCGAGAAAAUCAAAGAAUAUUAAAGGUAGAAACUAAGGAUGAAAAAUAA